AUGCCUCGCUGCCGUGGGUGUCGUAAGGCCAUAGUUGCCACAAGGCCCUGGGAACCACAAGGCCCUGGGUGCCACAAGGCCCUGGGUGCCACAAGGCCCUGGGUGCCACAAGAACCCAGGUGCCAUAAGGCCUGGGUGCCACAAGACUUUGAGUGCCUGCUAGAGCCAGAGGUGGUAGAGGAAGGCUGUAGUGGUGGACCUUCUUCCCGCGACACCACAACUGGCAACCCUCGAGGAGAUGCCACCUUUGUGACACCCCCCCCCGAGCCCAGUCCAGCCCCCCAGGCCAGUCCAGCCCCCGAGCCCAGUCCAGCCCCUCCCAGCCCAGUCCAGCCCCAGGCCCAGUCAGUCAGCCCCAGGCAGUCCAGCCCCAGGCAGUCCAGUCCCCAGGCCCAGUCAGUCCCCCAGCCCAGUCAGCCCCCCAGCCCAGUCAGCCCCCAGGCCCAGUCCAGCCCCCAGGCAGUCCAGCCCCCAGGCCCAGUCCAGCUGAGCCCAGCCCCCAGCCCAGCCCAGCCCCCGAGCCAGUCCAGCCCCCGAGCCCAGUCAGCCCCCAGAGCCCAGUCCAGCCCCCCAGGCAGUCCAGCCCCCAGACCAGUCCAGCCCCCGAGCACAGUCCAGCCCCCGAGCCCAGUCCAGCCCCCGAGCCCAGUCCAGUCCAGCCCCCCAGGCCCAGUCCCCCCAGGCAGUCCAGCCCCCAGGCAGUCAGCCCCCCGAGCCAGUCCAGCCCCCAGCCAGUCCCCCCCAGGCAGUCCAGCCCCCAGCCAGUCCAGCCCCCCCGAGCCCAGUCAACCCCCGAGCCCAGUCAGCCCCCCUCCCUAG